GCGCAUUGACGCACUAGGCCCGCGCCGCGCUCCCGGAGUGUCAUCAGGUGCCGCCGCAUGGGCGUGGCCAGCAGCUCUGGGCUCCGCUAGCCAGUGGCCAUGGCUCCGGCCGCCGCUAGCCCCCCGGAGGUGAUCCGCGCCGCGCAGAAAGACGACUACUAUCGCGGCGGGCUGCGGAGCGCGGCAGGCAGCGCCCUGCACAGCCUGGCGGGGGCAAAGAAGUGGCUGGAGUGGAGAAAGGAGCUGGAGCUGCUGGCAGACAUCGCCUACUUUGGCCUCACCACACUUGCAGGCUACCAGACCCUUGGGGAGGAAUAUGUAGGAAUCGUGCAGGUGGACCCAUCCAAGCACCAAGUGCCGUCGCAGCUACGCAGAGGCCUGCUAGUAGCACUGCACUGCGUGCUGCCCUACCUGCUGGACCGAGCCCUGCGGCAGCUGGAACAAGCACUACAAGCCGAGGUGUCUGGGGCCCCCUUGAAGGGUGGCCUGGUCCACAGUCAUCGCAAGUCAGGGGAACGCCGCUGGCUGCAGCAGAUGACGGGCGGCCUAGCAGAGCCACAGAAAAAGGCACUGCUGCAGGCCCUGGCUGCUUUUCGGUGGGGCCUGAGCUACUUCCAGCGCCUGCACAUCGCCUGCUUCUACAUCCAUGGUGCUUUCUAUCACCUGUCCAAGAGGCUCAUGGGCAUCUCCUAUCUCCGUUUCCACCGCCCAGCUGUGGAGGACCUCUGGUCUCGCACAAGCUACAGGCUGUUGGGGCUUGUGUCUCUGCUACACUUGGCACUGUCGGUGGGCCUGCAGCUCUACGGCUACCAGCAGAGGCAGCGUGCCCGGCGGGAGUGGAAGUUACAUCGGGGCCUGCCUCAGCGCAGGAGCCAUGCAGAAGACAGAGGCACCUGUCGGAGCUCCCUGUGCACACUGUGUCUGGAGGAGCGUCGCCACUCCACAGCCACACCCUGUGGCCACCUCUUCUGCUGGGAGUGCAUCACCCAGUGGUGCGACACCAAGAUGGCGUGCCCCCUCUGCAGGGAGAAGUUCCCCCCCCAGAAACUGGUCUACCUCCGGCACUACCGCUAACCCUGCACCCCUGGGGGCAAGAAGUCCCUCCUCAGAGUGGGAGAAGCACCGUGUCCUACAAGUAACUGGACCUGUGCAGGAACAACAGACCCCAACAAACCCCUUCUCAUCCAAGAUGGCACCAGCAGCUAAGAUGGGCAGGCCAGGCCCCACUGCAGGACUGGCAGAGGCCAGACAGGGCCUAAGACAGUGGUGAAGCAUGGUAUACCUGGUCAAGGCUUAGCACCUCCCUCUCUCAAAAGCACACAGCUGAGAACUAAAGUCAGUGGGCAGAAUGGGUUUUAUUCUCACAUGGGAAAAAAAAAAAAAGGCUCUGAACAGGCAUGGUGAGAGAAGGGGAGAGCAGCUCACCAACCUGCCCCCUUCCUGGUGCUGAGAGGGGCCUGGCACACCGGUGCAUGGAGCUCAGAGAGGAAUGAAGGAGCUGCACUGCCCUGGUGCCACAGGGUGUUAUGGUCGAAGAGACAGCCCCCUGCCAUGGUGCUUCUCUUAAGAGUGAAUGACAGCCUGGAGCAGUGAGAUCACACAUCAAUGAGUCCCAGCUUCCAGGAAAAAUAAAAUAAAACAUUUGGCACA